UGUCGACCUUAGCGCAUUCCUCCUGUAGCCGUCUUGCUGGGACACUCUCUGGAGAUGAUGGCUACAGAGUGCCCCCUUUGGCUCUUGCUGUGGUUGGGUUGCAGCAGCUGCUUGUGUCUUGGAGAACUCUGGAAGGAAGGUCUGGUUGGCAUAAGGAGCUCUGGCUCAGGGACCCGGCUAGGAGCAGGUGAUUCUCGCAGGCACGAAGAAGCGCUCUUGCCUAUUGGGGACACGGUGUCCGAGCAUAUGCUUAGACUCUAUGAUAAAUAUCGAGGUGGUGGAAGAAGGGGCAGAGACAGUUCGAGGCAUCAGCUGCCUCUAAAGGACGGGAACACGGUCAGAAGUUUCAGAUCCCUGAACGGAAACGUUGAAGAUAACAAUCAGCAUAUUUUCAAUUUAACUUCACUAACAUCUUCAGAAAAUAUAUUGUCAGCAACAUUUCAUUAUUAUCUUGGAGAUAUUUUAAACAUCAGCCAGAGAUGUCAUCAUUCAUCAUCUUGCCCCAGGCGUGGACACAGAAAACCUGAACUUUCCAUAGAUUUAAAAGUGUCCAGUUUAACAUCUCUUGAGAACCAAACGAGAAAUUUGGGUAAUUUUCUUAUAAAUAUUUCUACAACCUAUCGAGACCUUCCAUCUUGGCAUUGGAAGGAUAUUACCCAAGUCUUGCGUGAAGCCAAAGAACAUGGAGAGGCCCUCAUUGCAAUCAAUAUGACAGUUGAUACUGCAAAUAAACGAAGGAAACAACUACAAGCACAUAAGCCUUAUAUUCUGGUUUAUGCCAACGAUUCGGCUAUAUCUGAGCCUGACAGUGUGGUUUCUAACUUGCAUGGACAACAUGCUAGUAUAGUUCAUAAGAGACAGAGAAAGGAAGGACUUAUUGAUCGCAGGAGUAGACGGUCAACUGAUAUUUUGUUGCCAUUACAAAACAAUGAACUUCCAGGAGCUGAGUACCAAUACAAUGAAGAUGAAGAGAGAUGGGUGGAGAAGAAACCUUACAAAACUCUCCAAGUACGGCCAGUCGAGAAGGAGAAAUCUAAGAAAAAGCUGAGGAAGAGUGGACGACAGAAAGGCCAGACGUUGCAGUUUGAUGAGCACACCCUCAAAAAAGCUCGAAGAAAGCAGUGGAAUGAGCCACGGAACUGCGCACGGCGUUAUCUUAAAGUAGACUUUGCAGACAUCGGCUGGAGUGAAUGGAUUAUUUCUCCUAAAUCAUUUGAUGCUUAUUACUGCUCAGGUGCAUGCCAGUUCCCAAUGUCAAAGUCCUUGAAGCCAUCCAACCAUGCCACCAUCCAGAGCAUCGUCCGCGCUGUGGGUGUGGUUCCUGGCAUUCCUGAGCCUUGUUGCGUCCCAGAAAAGAUGUCGUCUCUCAGCAUUCUGUUCUUUGAUGAAAACAAGAAUGUCGUGCUCAAGGUUUAUCCCAACAUGACAGUGGAGUCCUGUGCCUGCAGAUAACAGAUCAAGCCUUCAAAGCUGUUUGUAGCAAACUUCAUAUUUGCACUUUCAGUAUAACUGUUUUAUAAAACGUUACAACCUAACAGAGACCAGUGCAAAGUAAAAAUGAAAAGGAAAAAAAAACAAAGUAUAUAUUAUAUAAACACUGGGCGAUGGAUGUCUGCUGUGUUCAAUUCAUGCUGGACUCGAGUCAGUGAACUCACAGAAAACUGACAACUAGCACACAAGAAGAUAAGCUCCUGAAUCAAAUAAGCUCUAAAGAAAAUAGGAGUCUCUCUACUUUUUCAAAGACACAUAUAUUUUUGUACCGGAA